AUGAAUCUGGUGACGAAAAUCAGCACACUGGUGGUCGUGACUUUAUCCUUUCUCUGUUUCGUGGAGGCUCUGAAAUGCUUCCGGUGCACUUUGUUCAACUAUAAGGGGAUAUGUUUAUACAAAGAAGACCCCUGUGAGACACAAAGUAACCAAGUAUGUGUCUGGUGGGCAACGUAUGCAGGUCUCUCUUAUCAGGCCAAAAGCAGAACUCCCAACCUGGGCAGAGAAAUUCCACCAAAUGCUAUGAUAACAAAAAUAGUUGAUGUGCCAACUACUGCUAUACAGGCCAUGGAAGAACCUACACAUUCAAUGGUACUUUGCAUCUAG